CUGCUUUGAUACAUGAUCUUAAUAUGUCUUAAUCUUCAAGCUUCAGUUUUAUUCACUUAAGUAGAUGACAGAACUUACUCUAUCAUGUUAUUUUGAGGUUUAGGUAAUACUACAGAUGUAAAAGUAUUUUGAAAAAAGCUAAACCUCUUACAGAUAGGUUUUAACUUUUAUCUUCCGCAAACCUUUAUCUUUAUCUCUGUUUAUAUAGUUGUACCUACUGGGAUCCAGGAUUGAUGUCUGUGAAAUUCAUCCUUGUUCAUUUCAUUUCCUGUCCAGCCUUGACCUUUUCAAUUCACAGCCAGGCCAUCUUUCUUCCUUUCCCAUUUUUUCCUUCUCCUAGAAGUAGCCAUAAAAUUAUCUCCUGUUAUUUAACAGGUUCAGCUAGAACGUGCCAUUUGUGUUAUAUGGCUGCAUGUACUGUAAUCGUUCUAGGGAUGUAUACUGUACCCAGAGUGAUUUAUAGUACAAAACAUUCUGCAAACAACUUAAUUGUAAUUGUGGCAUUUAUGCUUGAUAAUUCACUUAAUUUAUAACUCAACUGAAAGUACUCUUUGUCCUGAUUUCCGUUUACUUAAUGACUAUCAUUACAUUAAUACAACACCUUUGCAAAUUAUACUAGGUCCAUCUGCCAGUGCUGUCGUGUUUAAAUUUUAGUGGAGGAAAUAGGUAACUUACUGAAUGAGCAUACCUAAGACCCAUGGAUCUGGCUUAAUUUUUGAGGUUAAAAAAUAUGACGACAGAUGCAAUAAAAUGGCACUUUGGAAUCAGGUUAUGUAAGUACAAUUGACUCCUGAACAGAGCUGGGAUUAGGGAUGCUGACCCCCACCUAGUUGAAAAUCUGCUUGUAACUUUUGACUCCCCUAUAAUUAGCUACCAUUAACUUACUGCUGACCACAAGCUUUGCCAAUAACAGAAGUAGUCAAUUAGCACAUAUUUUGUGUACUGUAUAUACUGUAUUUUUACAGUAAAGGAAGCUGGAGAAAAUAUUAAGAAAGUUUAAGAGAAAAUACAUUUACAGUUCUAUAAUUAUUGGAAGAAAUCUGCAUAAAAAUGGGCCCGUGUAGUUGGAACCUGUGUUCAAGGGUCAGCUGUACAGAUCUCUCUGUCUUGAAGAUGUCCCUAAGCUAUGGCUUCAUGAAAUCAUGCUUGGUUUUAACAUGCCUUUAUUUUAAUUAAUUUUAUAUUCGAUGUUAUUUUGUUUUAGGUCUGUCUUUUAAGCAUACAACUGGAUUUGGCUUAUUCAUUUUGAGAGUAUCUUUUAACAGGGCCAUUUCUGAACAGUAGAGGUUACAAUUACUCCACUGAACAACCAGUUCCAAAUCCUAUCAUCAAAUCCUAUAUGUUCCUGUUCCAAAUGGUAAUACAUGCAUAAUAUUUCUUUUAUUUUAAAAGAAAUGAGUGUAACUAAUAUUGCAUUAAGAGUUGAAACCUGGCUUUUAGCUACGUGGCAUGUUAAAGUACCUCUAAUGUGGUUGGAAGCUUGUAUUAACUGGAUCCAAGAAGAAAAUGAUAAUGUUAAUUUGAGUCAGGCACAAAUGAAUAAACAAGUGUUUGAGCAGUGGCUCCUUACUGACCUGAGAGAUUUGGAACAUCCUGUUUUACCUGACGGCAUUUUAGAAGUUCCAAAAGGAGAACUGAAUGGAUUUUUUGCUUUGCAGAUUAAUUCAUUGGUUGAUGUAAGUCAACCUGCAUAUUCCCAGAUACAAAAGUUGAGAGGAAAGAAUACAACGAAUGACUUAGUUACAGCUGAAACACAAGUAACCCUAAAACCUUGGGAAGCAAAGCCUUCACGAAUGUUGAUGUUACAACUAACUGAUGGAGUUGUACAAAUUCAGGGAAUGGAAUAUCAGUCUAUUCCAGCUCUUCAUAGUGAUCUUGCCCCAGGUACAAAAAUUUUGAUUUAUGGAAACAUUUCUUUCCGUCUUGGUGUUCUUUUAUUGAAACCAGAAAAUGUGAAGAUUUUGGGAGGAGAAGUAGAUGCCCUUUCAGAGGAAUAUGCCCAAGAAAAAGUACUUGCAAGAUUAAUUGGGGAACCUGAUCCUGUAGUUUCAGUCAUACCAAAUAAUUGUAACCAGACCAUCCCUGGAAUUACAGAUGUUCUGGAUCCUGCAUUAGGACCUUCUGAUGAAGAACUCUUGGCAAGUCUUGAUGAAAAUGAGCUUGCAGCAAAUAAUGACACCUCCUUAGGAAGAAGAUGCUUCAGCACAGGUAGUUCCUCAAAUACUGUUCCCACAAGACAGUCAAGUUUUGAAUCACGACAUAUUAUUUCUCCAAAACCAAAGGAGAAACAACCAAAUCAACCUAUGCAUUUCACUGAUGGGGAAUUAGAUGACUUUUCAUUGGAGGAGGCCUUGCUUUUAGAAGAAACUGUCCAGAAAGAACAAAUGAAGACUAAAGAAUUACAGCCAUUGACUUUGAACAGAACCCCAGAUGAAAGCAUAGAGAGAUUUUUACAUAAACCUAAUACUCCAAAUAAUUUUUCUUUGAUUUGCAAAAGUGGAAACCGUAAUUGGAAUGAAAAAAAUGUAUCCGAACAAGUGACUAAUGAAGACAAAUUAUUUAGUUGUCCAUCUGUUGAAGACGAAAACAGUAGCGUUUUUUCAGUUCAUAGUAAUGUACCCCUACCCCAUGAUUUUACAAAUAAAGAUAAGGACCCAGAGACAGGUAAUAAAGUAAAACAAACCUUCAGCAGUGCAGAUGGACAUUCCUUAAAUAAAAUAUCAAAGGGAGAGCUGGUAAAUUAUGUACCAAAAAGGAGUUCACACCUUUCUAAUGAAAAUGAUCAUCAUUUACAGUCUUGUUCUUUAAGACCAUCAGAGAACAACACUAAUCUUUCUAUUGCCAUGGAUUUGUAUUCUCCGCCCUUUAUCUAUUUGUCUGUCCUAAUGGCCAGCAAACCAAAGGAAGUUACAACAGUGAAGGUCAAAGCAUUUAUUGUAACCUUAACUGGAAAUCUUUCAAGUUCUGGUGGCAUUUGGAGUAUAACAGCAAAGAUUUCUGAUGGUACUGGAUAUCUAGAUGUAGACUUUGUGGAUGAGAUACUUACUAGUCUGAUAGGGUUUUCAGUACCAGAAAUGAAACAGUUAAAGAAGGAUCCUCUUCAAUACCAAAAGUUCCUGGAAGGUUUGCAGAAGUGUCAGAGAGAUUUAAUAGAUUUGUGUUGUCUAAUGACGAUUUCAUUUAAUCCCUCCUUGUCUAAAGCAAUAGUACUGGCAUUACAGGAUGUUGAAAUGGAACACCUUGAGAACCUAAAAAAGCGGCUGAAUAAAUAAUUUACUAAGAUAGUAUCAGAAAACAAUUCC